GCCAGCCGAGCCCCCCGGAGCUGCGCAGAGCGAGCCAGCCGAGCCUUUUGGCGCCCCCUCCUCUUAAAAGCCCACCCCGCCUUGCGAGAGAAGCCCACCGCCCACCCCGGCGGCCAGGAACGUCAGCGGCGCCUGCUGCUCCCCGCUCUCUUCCAGCGGAGGUAUUCACACCUACGACUGAAAUACGCUAUCCAACCGGAUUCUUCAACCAUCCUGAGCUGUGUCACAGCCUCUACGAAGGCCAAUGUUUAAUGUCGUGGGUGAGAGGGUUUUGGCUCCUGUGCUGAGAUGAUCCCUCUGUGCUCCUCCCGCCUGCACCACCAUGGAUGCUUCCUCUAACUCCUCCUCCUCCUCCUCCUCCUCCUCCCACUCUUCCGCUGCUGUCCCCCCGGCAGACGGACAGGAUGACCGGGCCGUGGUUCGGCCUGCUCAGGGCUCUCCUGCCUUGCCGCCCACCAAAGAACCCCCCCUAUGGGACCCCUCCCCUUCCCCCUCGCCCCGUCCCGAUGAUAUCAUGAGACCCUGCGCCAGUACCCAAGCCGCCGCACUCAGCUUGGCCAAGUUCCCUGCCGCCGUCUCAUCUACCCCACAGCUCCAAGCGGACCCCAGCCAGUCCUUGCCAAAUCCUUCCCCUUUCCCUCUAGGCCUGCCGCUGGCUGAAGAUGGGGUCCAGCUGGAAGACCACAGAGAUGAGGACGGUGGGCGCGAGGCCCAGCUUUUCUUUGCCGCUGACGGUUCGGCGUACCUCCUCGCCAGCGGCCACGUUCUCUUACCAAAGGGCUCCCCCGUCAGCUCCACUCCUCAAGUGUCCAUUCUCCACAUUCAGGACAGUGGAGGUCCUAACCAAGGCUUUAUGUCUGUUGACCAAAUGUCCCAGAAUACCUCAGCGCCAGGCGAGGUGACUCCUCAAGGCGCCUUCUACAGUUACCGACUGGCCGGGGCCCCAGCUCAAAAUACGCCUGCCAAAAACGCUACCACCAAAUCCAAAGAUGCCCCCACCGCCCCCAUGGAGAAUGAGGAAGCCACUCGUGGCCGAGACAAGGUGAUGCCAGGAGGUCCCGUGUGGCUCUGCCUGACAUGCCGCCUCUCGUUCAACCAGGGCCGCACCUUGGUGUCUCAUGCCCGUACAGAGCACGGCGUGCAGCUCUGCAAUGAGAAAUGCCAGGCCUUGGAUGGAGGGGCUUCGGCUGUGUUCCAGGGCACCGACCUUGGCUUCCUAGAACCAAAUAACCCCACCACCGAGGCAGACCUCAAUGCCAGAAUGUGUAGCAGAUGGGUGAAUGUAAAAGAGGAGGAGGAGGAGGAGGAAGAAGAAGAAGAAGAAGAGGAGGAGGAGGAGGAAAAUGAGAACGAGACAAGAAGCCCAGAAAGACGAUGCGACCCAUCAAACACCAAAGAUUCAAGGGCAGGCCGCACGCACGGGGCAAAUGGUUCCAUGGAGGAGAAACCAGAAGAGGAAAAGGAGGAGGAAGAGGAGGAGGAGGAGGUGGCACAAGUGGAUGAAAAGAAGGAAGAGAAGGAACUGCUUCCAGACCAAAGUUCACCAGAUACAUCAAGCGCACCCUUGGCUGCUAACACCUCUCGCUCAGAGACACCACUGACCAAUGCCCCAAAUUCUGACUAUACAGGGCCACCCCAGGAAGAUGUCAACAAGGAGAAGACCAACCACAAGAUCCUGAAGGAAAGACUAAUGCAUGAGGUCCCUUGUGUGGACCUAGCGGCUGAAACCAGGGCUGAGUCCAUUCCCAAAGCCGACAGCAUUCCCAAUGAUUCUCACCAGCCGGCCCAUGACAUCAGUGCCACUGACUUGGCGGACAGCUUGAGCAGUGUAGGGACAGCCAACGAAGCAAUGACGGCCGGGUUUGAGGUCAACAACGGACUUGGGAACAACGGCCACAAUGUUGUCGGAGGAGCCUCACUUAGCUUCGGGGAAGAUUUUACAGCGAUGGCAUACUCGGGAUUGACUCUGUCAGGCCACAUGUCACUGCUGCACUCGCGCAACUCCUGCAAGACGCUCAAAUGUCCCAAAUGCAACUGGCAUUAUAAGUACCAGCAGACCCUGGACGUCCACAUGAAGGAGAAACACCCAGAGAACAACAGCCACUGCGCCUACUGUAGCACGGGUGGUCCCCAUCCACGCCUGGCCCGUGGUGAGAGCUACAACUGUGGUUACAAACCCUACCGUUGUGAGGCCUGCAAUUACUCCACCACUACUAAGGGCAACCUCAGCAUCCACAUGCAGUCUGAUAAACACCUGGCCAACCUACAAGGCUAUCAGGCUACGGGAGGAAGUGGGCCACCAGUGCCUCCCCCUGUGGCACCUUCCCCAUCCUCCCCUGAGGAGAAGGAGUCGAAGGGCAAGUCGUCCUGGCAAUGCAAAGUGUGCAGUUACGAGACCAACAUCUCCCGUAACUUACGGAUCCACAUGACAUCUGAGAAGCACAUGCAGAACAUGCUGUUGCUCCAUCAAGGGCUGCCACUGACCUUGCCGGGGCUUCUGGGACAACCGCAGACCCCUUCAGGAGGCAAGGCUCAGCCUGACCUCUUCCCGUUCUAUGGAGCACAGGCUCUAAGCCAUGCCCACCACUCACAUCCCCACCAGGUCCAUGCGGGGAGCAACCCGCCUCUGCGGGCAGACAAGCCCAUGGAACAACCCCAACUCUUGAUCAACGGAGGCUUCCAACAUCUCAGCGCAGCGGGGCGGAAGAUGGCUACCUUGGGGACAGCCCCCGCCUCUCUCUCUCCUGAACCCGCUCCCCCCUCCUCGCCACCAGCCCAGUCUGGACCUGACCUGCUGACCCCGCAGAGAUUGUUCAGCUGUCUGGUGUGCCAAGUCUUCAGCACCGACAGUCUGGAUAGCCUCCUGCGGCACGCUUCCAUCCCGCGCUCCCUGCCGGAGGUGGAAUGGAAGGAAAUCUCCGGUGACUUGCACCGUUGUCGGCUCUGCGCUUACGGCACCCAACUGAAAGCCAACUUCCAGCUUCACCUGAAGACCGACAAGCAUGCUUUGAAGUACCAGCUGGCCGCUCACCUGCGGGAAGGGGGCAGCUUGGUCGCCCACCUGGGGGUGGAGCUGCCCCUGGGACCGCCUCUACAUCUUCACUGCAACCUGUGUGAAUACGAGACCAACAGCAAGGAAAAAAUCCAGCUUCACGUUGCCGGCACCGGCCACCAGGAAGCUCUGCAAGGUUAUAAGUUGCUUCUGGAAAUGGAGACCGCCUCGGCACCCCCACCCACCUCUGAACCCGCGCAGUUCCGCUGCCUCCUGUGUAAUGUCGAUUCGCCCAGCCGCCUGGCCAUGAUCCAGCACCUCCGCUCACCCCACCACCGUGAGGCUCAUGGCCAGUGGCGCCUCCAGCUACUCCAGAAUGGCGAAGGCACUUUGGGCCUUGAAAGAUACGUCUGUUUUGUACCCGCCAGCGCUGCAGUUUGCGAUGAGACCGAAGCAGCAGGAUCUGGAAGUGUGGGGGACACUACGGUCUUCUGCUGCCCCUACUGCAACUACGUCGACCAAUCGGCCGAAGCCGUGCGGGCACACACCAUCUCCCAGCAUGCCGUGCAGCCCAAGUUUCACUGCCCGCUGUGCCAGGAGCAGCUGGUCGGCCGGGCCAACCUCCACUUCCAUCUCAGCCACGUCCACAACGUGGUGCCCGAAUGCGUGGAGAAGCUGCUGGUGGUGGCCACGACGGUUGAAAUGACCUUUGCCACCAAGGUUGUUCCUGGGGUCCCUCUCCCCCCUGACCCACCCAAACCAGGUGGGAUUCUCGGCAUAGAGCAAGCGGCCGGACCGGAUGCACCAAGCCCCUUUAUUGCACCAGCCAUAGAGGAGAAAGCCUCCUCACCACCGGUACUUUCCCCUGAAAUGCCUCCACCUUCUGUCACUGCCUCCCCACCUCCUAAGGAGCAGCUGGAAAAGCCACUUCCUGACUCCCCCCCCACUCCUCCUCCUCCUCCUCCCCCCCCUCCGGUUGUCACUCCUCAAGAGCCGGAAGAGGACGAGCCUUUGCAUCCAAACAUUGUCCCCGAAGAGCAGCAGCCACCAGCAUCUGUCCUCGUGGAACCUCCCGAGGCCUCUCCACCCGUCUUGCUUAAUCCGGAUUCCCGGCACCCGCUGUCCUACCGCAAGGCCACCAAUUUCGCCUUGGACAAAUUCUUGGACCCUGCCCGUCCCUAUAAGUGCACCGUUUGCAAAGAGUCCUUCACUCAGAAGAACAUCCUGCUGGUGCAUUAUAAUUCGGUGUCCCACCUCCACAAGAUGAAAAAGGCCUCGGCUGACCCGUCCGUGUCCUCUCGGGGGGAACCUGGCACCCCCGGGGCUCUCCAGCCCUCUUCGGACAAACCUUACAAGUGUACCACUUGCCGGGUCUCUUACAACCAGAGUUCCACCUUGGAGAUCCACAUGCGCUCCGUGUUGCACCAGACUCGCUCCCGCGUGGCCAAGAUGGAAGCUGCGGGCAAGGCAGACGUGUCCCCCACUGAACUGGAGCCCUCCAACGAGACCUGUCUGGAAAGCGAGACCCCCAGCUGCGUUCAGGUGCCCACCCUGCCAUUUCUCACUCCGCCCACGGCGGAACUAUCCCGCUUCCCUACACCCCUUUUCACCCCACCACUGCUGCCCCCGUUUCCUCUGGUGCCGGAGUCCCUUCUGAAACUUCAGCAACAACAGCAACAGCUGCUGCUCCCUUUUUACUUACAUGAUCUGAAGGUGGCCCCCAAGUUGGCUUUAGCCACACCAACCCUGACCCUGCCCACCCCAUCGCCUAUUCUGCUUCCAACCCUGCCCCCCAAAGAAGAAGUGGCCCCCACAGCCACCGCGAGUAGCUCCAAGGCAGAGGCAGCCGAAGAGACCGAAGGCGAAGAAGUAGAGGGAAAUCAAGCAGGGAGUGAGGUUUCUCGCACAGCGGCCAAAGCCCUCCUGGAGAAUUUCGGCUUUGAAUUAGUGAUCCAGUACAACGAGGGUAAACAAGCUGCCACCGUGCCACCUACUGUGCCCCUGCGUCCCCCCGUGGGCAAGCUGCAAUGCGGCACUUGUGGGAAACAGUUCUCCAACAUGCUCAUCCUGAAAACCCAUGAGGAGCAUGUGCACAGGCGGUUCCUGCCCUUUGAGGCGCUCAAUCGCUACGCUGCACAGUUCCGGAAAAGUUACGACAGUAUGUAUCCUCCGCCGCCGCCUGUGCUCCCAAUUGAGACAACUGUGGUCACCACUACUCCGGCGGCAGCAGUUUCAACCAUCACCACCGCCGUCAUGGAGAACACCACUGCCACUGUGACGCAAUCAUCCAUGCCGCUGGAGAUUCCCUCUCUCUGUCCUCCAUUUUUGAUGCAACCCUUGCCAGUGGUCGUGCCCCCACCAGAAAAUGAGACUUCUUGUGUACCUCCCGAAUGUCUGAAGUCUCUCUGGUUUCGAGGGGAGGAAGAGGAAGGCAAGAGCACAUUGUCGGGAGUCCCGGAUCUUCCCCGUGGGGGUUUCCCUUCAACCCGACGUUUCUCUCGUACCAAAUUCACCGAGUUCCAAUCUCAGGCUCUGCAGUCCUUCUUUGAAUCGAGCGCUUAUCCCAAAGAUGGCGAGGUGGAGCGUCUGUCUGCCCUUUUGGGGCUGCCCAACCGGGUCAUCGUGGUCUGGUUCCAAAACGCACGCCAGAAAGCCCGAAAGAGUGGCGGGAAUGAAGCGAGCAUGGGCAAUAGCGGAAAUGCCGCAGUGCAGCCAUCUUGUAAAAAAUGCCGGAUGGCCUUCCGCUGCAUCUUUGAGCUGGUGCGCCACCUAAAGAAGUGUUACAAUGAUCAACUGGAUGAAGUGGAAGGAGAUGAGGAAGAGAAUGAAGGGCCUGAGGAGGAGGAGCAGGAGGAGGAAGAGGAAGGGGACGAGAAACGAGAAAUCUUGAGACCUGGUGUGGAUGUGAAGACGGAUGCUGCUGGAGACAAACCCGUGGAAGAAGAGCAGCCCACCCCCUCUGUACCCCCAGAUACCUCCAAGAACCAUCCCUGUGAUCAGUGCACCGCUGUAUUCUCAAGCAGCGACCUCCUCAAUAUCCACCGCAUUAGUCAUCAGCCGCCAGCUGGUCCUCCUUUGCCUUCGGCAGGUCCCCAACCUCCCAUUGACAUGACUUCCUUGGCAUUUGGCGACCGCCUGGUCCAACCGGAUCCUUCCCGUGCACAGAAGCGAAAACACGAAGAUGGGACCUUGUCUCCCACCGGAAGUGAAACAGCCAGUGUUGCUGGGGGAGAUAACGAACCCCCCAGGGACAAGCGUCUGCGUACCACCAUUUUGCCCGAGCAACUGGAGAUUCUCUACCGCUGGUACAUGCAAGACUCAAACCCCACCCGGAAAAUGCUCGACUGCAUCUCCGAAGAAGUUGGGCUGAAAAAGAGAGUUGUCCAGGUGUGGUUCCAGAAUACAAGAGCCCGUGAGCGAAAGGGCCAGUUUCGGUGUAAUACCAGUGCUACCACCCCAACCAGUAAGCCCCCACCAGCACAACUUAACACUUUCCCAAAGUUCAACCCUCCACCACGGGACACCCCUGUUCAUUAUGGUGGAUCCUUCACACCCAACCUCUCUGUGAUUAACCUCCAACCCCUUCUAAAUAAGCCAGACGUUGUCAUGGAACCACAAAUCCAGGAAGAAAUGACCGAAGAAGAAUUAUCUAAGGAGCACGAAGACCGAAGCUUGUCUGGAGGAGAGCUGAGUGAUUCUUCCUCCUCUUCCUCCUCGGCUGACCUGGACUUCUCUGGCGGCCAGAGGAAUCGAAUGAUGGAUGGAGGUUGCGGAGAGUAUCACGAUUCUCUGGGGCAGAGACGGUAUCGUACCCAGAUGUCCAGCGUCCAGCUGAAGAUCAUGAAGGCAUGUUAUGAGGUCUACCGUACUCCGACCAUGCAGGAGUGCGAGGUGCUGGGGGAGGAGAUAGGACUCCCCAAAAGAGUGAUUCAGGUGUGGUUUCAGAAUGCACGGGCGAAAGAGAAAAAGGCCAAGGCUGCCUCCGGCGGGACCAGUGGCGGUGAUGAGGCCCCCUCCGCUGCUCAGGCUCAAUCUGAAUGCCGCUACUGUGAAGUCAAGUACGAUUUCUACGUCUCUUGCCGUGGGCACCUCUUUUCUCGCGGCCACCUAGCUCGGCUAAAGGAGGCCAUCAGAUCCCAGCUCAAGAGCGAGAGCAAGUGCUACGAGCUGGUGUCGGACAAAGGAGCACCCUCCCCAACCAGGCUGGGAGUGCCGGUGACUCCUACAGCCAUGCCAUCUUCUCUUGGGACCAAGCCCCCUUUUGUGCCAGGCACGGCUGCUUCCUCUGCGGGGAUCCUGAGCUCCCCUUUGGCCACCUCCCAGCCAGGCCUCUCCUUACCUCAGCAUCUGCCACCAGAAUCUGGCCAGGUUGGCCCCUUAACUGAGCCUGCUCCCGCUCCCGAGACCUCUCCCAGUGACAGUCAGGCUGAACCGAAUUCAAAUCCAGCCCAGGAAUCCUCCUUGUCCUCCACUGCCACGCUGAAGAACCUCAAGACGUUGAAGGCUGCGGUGCCGACCCUGCUCGGAGGCCAGUUCCUGCCCUUCCCGUUGCCAGCAGCGGCUACUGCAGCAGCAGCCGCCCCCUCUCUUUUCGGAGCGCAACUGCCCGGGGCUUAUUUUCAGCAGCUCUACGGCAUGAAGAAGGGGCUGUUCCCCAUGAACCCCGUCAUACCUCAGACACUUAUGGGGCUGCUGCCCACCCCUUUGCUCCCAACACCCACACCUGAGCCCCCCGUUGAGGUGUCCGAGGCCCCCGGCAUCUCUACAGUCGACGUGACCCAUCAGUACCUUUGUCGCCAGUGCAAGGCCGCCUUCGAGAGCGAGGGGCCAGCCGUCGCCCAUCAAGCCGCACUCUGCUACUUCGGGCGCCAGGCACCGCCGCCUCCACUGCGCGUGCCCGUGUGUACCUACCACUGCCUGGCUUGCGAGGUGCUCGUGAAUGGCCGGGAGGCGCUGGGAGCCCACCUGCGCUCCAGCGCUCACCGGCGUAAGGCCAGCUCCACCACAGCAACCGCAUCGGUGUUUGCCAAAGAGGAAUCCAAAUUACCUCACUCGGACUCCAAUCCAAAAAGUAACGCUACCUCUACGACACUACUAGCUUUAUAGAGAUGGAUGCUGUACUGCCAUCAAUGGAGAGAGAUUGACUAGCGAACAGACCUGUGGGUGGGUGGACGCCCACAAGGGCCACCCCUCUGCUUCCACCCAACAGUCCUGCUUCAAGGUCCAUUUCAGACCCAGGUUCCCCCCAUUUCUCACUGCCAGCCAGCUGACUUCAAGGGCCCAAGUCCCCACCCCAAUUUUUACCCUGCUUCCACAGAAUAACCAGAGGUCGAGCCAAACGGCAACCCCGUCCCACUGGUGGAAGCCUUGGUGGUCCUUACCAAGUUUCAUCUUCUCUAGAGGGUACCCAACUCAACACUGGCUGUUGCAGAUGUUCUACUAGCUUUUCUUCACACUGAGCGGUUCUGCCCUUCCUCCCAUUCAGGCAUCUCCCUAAGAACCCAUUGAUUCUAAUGCCCUACCUUUCCCUCCCCACCCCCCACCCCUCUCCCGGAUCACGAGAUCCUGUGGCCAGAUCCAAUGAGAUUGGCAGCUCAUGACCUCCUCCAGAACCCCUACCCAACUAUUUCUGUAGUCCUGAGUCUUCCGCCUCCUGUGCUACUGACAGGUCCCUCUGCAUCUUCAACCACAUUCCUACCUGCCAGGAACAUCUCAAGAAGAUGCCUCCUAAAUUUUAAUGUCUUCUGAUGAUGCUGAGAAGUUUCCCUCCCCCUUUAUAAUAUCAAAACUAUGUCACCCCUCUUCAUAUUGGGGUACCAAAGUUCUUCACCCACAUGUCCCAUAACUCCUGUUCCCCUGAUUGCAGGUGGCCCCAAACCCUCCUUCAACCCACCUGCGCUACCAUCUAUCUGAUCUCUUCCACCCACCCCCGUUGAAGACAGUUUCUGGCCAAUCUUGACGUCCAUCCUACACUCACAAGUCUCCUCUCUCUCUCUCCCAUACACACACACACACACACUUACACACCUCGCAUCCUCCACCCCUUCUUCUCUUAACACUUAACCUUCCGCUCUUUUUACUGUGUUACCGACUGAAAAAGAAAAAAAAAAAGGCCAAAAACGAAAAGCAAAGAAAGAAUGGACAAGGAAAAUAAAUAAAAAAACAAAAGAUAAACUCAAGGACAUGCAGUUUAAGACAGGGGAAGGAUUCAAAGUGAGAAAUUCAGUCUCCCCACACCAACCAACAUCAACCCUCAAAAAAGCAUGCGCUGCCCAUUUUUGUAUAUUAAAACCAUCAAGGACGGAUGGACAACUUCCUGAACUGUUGAUGGAUUUGAUCAGCAACCAAACAGGGUGAGAGUUUUCUCUUUCCCGUAAUUUUAUUUUAUUUUAUUUUUCUCUCGUCUCUCUCCUCUUUCUUUUUCCCACCCCCCAGCUGGGUCUUUUCCUGCCCUGGGGAACCAAAUAAAACCCAACAACCUCAACUGUCUUUUUCCUCUUGAUAGACGUGAGUUCUGUCUCAGCGCGGGGAAAUGACGCGAAAAACCUAACUCCGAUGGCUUUAAAAGAAAAUAAUUUUAAAAAAAAAAUGAGAGAGAGAGAAAGAACACUGAACAACUGACUGACUCUCGUCAAACACGCAGAUGCCGUCCCAGGUGCCGUGUGCUGACAAACCUUGCAAAAAAUGAAAAAAGAAAAAAAUACACAAAAACCCUCUUUAGGAAUCCAAAGCUCUUAAAAAAACUUCUAUACAAUAACCAAAAAAAAAAAAAAGA